GUAGCAGUAGUGGCAAAGCAACAGUGCAUUUCGAUAGACACCGUCUCCAUUGCUGUGCCAGUUUUUUAAAGUGAAAUUAUUUCCUUGAUUUUCCAGUUUGUGACUAUUGCGUUGUGUAAAAUUCCGAAUCUAGUACAGUGAGAAAUCGGUCGACAUCAGUUUCCGGUUGAAAUGAGUGGUCUUUCGAGCCAACAACCAUCCGGAAGUGGUGCAGGAUCUGCGGGACCACCUGUGUCCGUUCAGGAAUUCACCAUCCGGGUACCGAAGAACCUGAAAAAGAAGUAUCACGUUAUGCGUUAUAAUGCCACGUUGAAUGUGGACUUUACGCAGUGGCGCACGGUAAAAAUGGAACGGGAGAACAAUCUGAAGGAGUUCAAGGGCAUGGAUGAGGACAUGCCCAAGUUCGGGGCCGGAUCGGAAUUUAACCGGGAUUUGAGGGAGGAAGCCAGAAGGAAACGGUACGGCAUCAUUGCGAAAAAGUAUCGCCCGGAUGCGCAGCCUUGGAUUCUGAAGGCGGGUGGGAAGAAGGACGGAAAGAAGUUCCGGGGAAUCCGGGAAGGUGGAGUAGGUGAGAAUGCAUCAUUCUAUGUGUUUACCCACGCACCGGAUGGGGCCAUUGAGGCAUAUCCGCUGAACGAGUGGUACAAUUUCCAGCCAAUCCAGCGAUACAAGGCUCUGUCGGCUGAGGAAGCGGAGUUGGAAUUCGGCCGGAGGAAGAGAACCAUUAACUACUUCUCGCUGAUGUUGAAGAAGCGCAUGAAGAAAGACGAUGAUAUUCCGGAGGAUCUUGAGGAAACAAAGGGCAAGAAGGGUGGAGUGGGGAAGGCAAAGGAUCUUAAGAUUAGCGACAUGGACGAGUGGAUCGAUUCGGAUGAGAUGAGCUCCGAUGACGACGACGAUGGCGAAGGGAAGCCAAAAGAGAAGGACAGCGACGAUGAAGCGGACAAGAAAGCCAAGAAUAAGAAGGCACUGGCCGAUAAGAAGAAGAAGAAACGGGACGUGGAUGAGGAAGCCUUUGAGGAAUCGGACGAUGGUGAUGAGGAAGGUCGUGAACUGGAUUACAUUUCGGAUUCGUCGGAAAGCGAGUCGGAACCGGAGGCAAAGGUCAACAAGGAACUACAAUCGGUAGCCGAGGAAGAUGCCCUGAGGAAAUUGCUUACCUCGGAUGAGGAUUCGGAAGACGAAGAGAAGAAAUCCGAUGAGGACGAGAACAAGAAGGAUGAGGAGAAGAACGGUAAAACAAAGGAUAAGGAGGAGAAAACAAAGGAAAAAGAUUCAAAAGAGUCAAAGAAAAAGAAGAAAGACAAGAAGAAGAAGAAAAAGGCCGAAAACGACAAGAAAGACUCGUCCAGUGGGUCCAGUUCGGACAGUUCCGAUUCCGAUGGGGACAACAGCAAUUCCAAGCAGCAGAAGAAGAAGCACAAGAAAGACAAGGAAGGGGUGGGUUCAAAUCUGUCCAGUGCCAAUAAUUCUCGAUCGGCGUCCCCCAGUAUGUCCCAGCUGGAGGGCAAUAAGCGGAAGAUGGCCGGUUCCAAUAUGCCGAUGGCGGAUUUCACCGGGUCGGACAACAGCAACAGUCCCGUUUCGACGCCGGCCAAGAAGGCCAAAAUGGACUCGGCGCCGGCGCUGCCGCCUACGUUUACGGGACUUGUGAGCUCCAACAAUCGAGAUGACUACGGUAUCACCGAGGAAGCCGUCCGGCGCUACCUGAUGCGCAAACCGAUGACGACGACCGAACUUCUGACCAAGUUCAAGAACAAGAAAACUGGCGUUUCGAGUGAGAAGCUCGUGGAAACGAUGACGGCCAUACUGAAGAAAAUCAACCCGGUCAAGCAGACGAUCCAAGGGAAGAUGUAUCUAAGCAUCAAGGUUCCCAAGUGAGCAUCAUUAUCCAUGAGGUAAGUUGAAUGUACGGGGAAAAUCAACGAAAAAAUCAUAAUACCUAGCUUAAUUUAAUAAUUCUAGUAAGAUAUCCGUAAUACAGAGGCGAAACGCCGCAAUUUUGAA